UGGUCUUCUCCAACCAAAACCAAACCCCGAACCAAAGUAACUUAAAAUAAUAACCACCUCAAGUAUAUAUCGGUCACGUGUCGGUGGCCCUUUGCCCUCUUCUCUCUGUAAAAUCGCAGUAGUACUCCUCGCAUCCCACCUCCAAUUAUAAACUCACUUUUCUCCCUCGGAAAAACAUUAGCCUAACUUCCGCUUUCCGAGGAUUUUAUGGUUAUGUUGGAGCUACUACUAAGCUCCUCCAAGCUUCCUUUCUUCUUCGUCAUCUACACAAAGGCAAAGCUAUAGCUUUUUGUUUCCUUCUUGUUUAAUUCUCUUUGUAUUUGUAGAUAUCGGAGAGAGGUCUGGCCGGGUUCAAGACGAUAGCGUUUAGAAUAUUUGGUGGUGGUGGUGGAAAGAGGAAGAAAAGCAAGAAGAGGAUUAAAGUCAAGGAAAAAUUCAUGGAUUGGUGGCAUAAGAUGAUCUUCCCUGUCAGAAGAGUUUGGUUUGCUGUUUCCGCUCGUGUUAAAGCUCGCAAAAACGGUGCAGGGCUUUUGAAGCUUCAUGAUGAUGUACAAACUUGUGGAUACCAAGAUGUGCAGGUGAUGUGGGAGAUGCUGAGAAGAUCAGAAACAGAGCUGAUAGCUAACAAUGCCAAGCGCAAGCAACGACCUUUCUGGAGAGUUUUUGUGUGGUCUAACAACAGUUCAUCCUCAUCUUUCUCGGCAAAUCGUGCCUAACUUGAUACCAUUUGGAUACUACUACUAUUAUAAUAAAAAGUAAUAAUGUGUUCUUAGUGUCCUGCAACCUGACAAUGGCAUCAUAAUUUUAGAACCGGACAGCCGACAUUGCAGUGGCAUGGUACAGAGCUGUUGCAACUAUGUUCAAAUCCAAAUAUAAGAUGAUGUAUCACUAUUACUUCUCCUGGGGGUAAAAUAUAUGCUUUCAAAUGACGAAGUCAUUUUUGUGUA